CCCAUUUUUGGUCGAGUGCCCACGGGUAUAACAAAGAUGGGUUUAAUCUCUUCUUUGUAAGAGUUUGGUCCCUAUAUUGCACAUCUUAAACACAUUCAGCGGCUGCAUAUACUGCAUGUAUAAUCAAGAAGAUAUCUCCUUGGUAUAACAAGAAUAUUUCAGCGAUAAAUGCAUCAUAUGGGACGGUGAAGAUUGGCGCCGGAAAUGUAUUUUUUCUGUGUGAAGAGGAGGUAAUGAAGUCUCAGCACGGUAACGUGGUUAUGGACGCCGACCUUUAAGCUUACAAUUAACUCUCGCAAAGAUCAUUUAUGAUAAUCCGGAUCUAAAAUACCCCGGGAAAAAUACAUCGGUGAUGAUUUUGGUAUGAUUACUCUGACAUACGAUAUAUCAUAGCGUGGACCCAGUUCUAUCAUAAUCACUAGAUGCUGAAGUUAAGGAUGGCCUUUAAAUAUCUACUACCAGUUGUCGUACUGUAUUGGUCACUGGAAACUGUUACUUCAGAUCCUUCGCAUUCUCCCCGACCAAAUGUCAUAUUCAUCCUCGCAGACGACUUGGGACACAACGAUGUCAGUAAUAUCGGUCGCGAGCAUGGAUCGGCGAUACAGACGCCUCACAUUGACCGGUUAGCUGAGGGAGGGGUCAGAUUGGAUAAAUAUUAUGUCCAGCCAAUCUGCACACCUACUAGGAGCCAGUUACUAUCAGGGAGGUACCAGAUCCACACAGGUCUCCAGCAUGGUACAAUUAAUGCUGCACAACCUAACUGUCUUCCUCUAGAUGAGGUGACUCUCCCCCAGAAAUUGAAAGAGAAGGGCUAUGCCACUCAUAUGGUCGGGAAAUGGCAUCUUGGAUUCUAUAAAGCCGCCUGCAUGCCAACGGAAAGGGGCUUCGAUUCGUAUUUUGGAUAUCUCACCGGAUCUGAAAACUACUACUUCCACAAUCGUUCUUAUACUGUCAAUGGAAAGUAUAUAAGAGGCUAUGAUUUACGGGACAACAAGACACCGGCAUUCCAGUACAAGGGACAGUAUUCGACACAUCUUUUUACUCAAAAAACCAUUGAUGUUAUCAAUACUCACGAUAAGUCUAAGCCUUUCUUCCUGUACUUGGCGUUUCAAGCAGUUCACUUGCCCUUAGAAGUACCUCUCAAAUACAAAGAGCCUUAUGCGAACAUCAGCGAGUUAAACAGAAGGACAUAUGCAGGAAUGGUCACGUGUAUGGAUGAAGGCAUAGGGAACAUUACUCAGGCUCUUAAGAAAACGGGACUGUACAACAACACCAUCAUCAUAUUCUCGUCAGAUAAUGGUGGACCAGUUCAUGUUGGUGCAAAUAACUGGCCUUUAAGGGGGUGCAAGGCCACACUCUGGGAGGGAGGGGUACGUGGUGUGGGGUUUGUUCACAGCCCCCUCUUUCCCCCAUCAGUAACAGGAAGGAUCAACCGUGAGUUUAUUCACGUUAGCGACUGGCUACCAACCAUCGUGACAGGGAUUGCUGGAGGAAGCCUGAACGGCACCAAACCGUUAGAUGGCUUCAACGUUUGGGACUCCAUCAGUGGUAUGGAACCCUCGCCUCGGAAAGAGCUCCUUCAUAAUCUUGAUCCCCUCGUCGUGGCACCGGACGUCGAAAGCGAUGAUGGUGGUAGGGGAAGGAUUCCUGGACGAUUCAAUACGUCACUACGUGCUGCUCUGCGUGUCGGUGAUUGGAAGAUACAGACAGGCACUGGAGAGAAAAAUGAGAUACCGAGUCCACCUGGAAAUUUCUGGAAGCCUCCUCCUGAAUCGGGUCUUCCCGCCAUUUACCCAGUUCAAAAACCGAAUCAGAAAGUGUGGCUAUUCAACAUAACUGCUGAUCCGCUAGAGAGGAACGAUCUAUCCGAUAAAUAUCCGGAUGUGGUGGAAAUGCUUUUAUGCAGGCUGCAGAACUAUUAUGAGGAUUCGGUUCCGCCGCGAUUUCCGCCCUCGGAUAUGAAUGCGGAUCCGGCUAAACACGGGGGUUUCUGGGGUCCGUGGGAAUGAAACCGAUGCUAAAUGUGGGAGCGUUAACAUUUUCUUGGGGUCUCGAAAAGCACCCUAAACACGGUCACACUACGGUCACUACAUGCACCCCAGUAAUUAAUAUCUUAUAUUGACGAUCGAAUUUCCAUUAUUUUAUCAAAAGUCUUUAUUCCAGACCCGAUUGUUUAAAAAAUAAUAAUAUGAGCCCGAAGUCUCU